GGGCGAUGAGAGGUGACAUAGGGGGAUGAGAGGUGACAUAGGGGCGAUGAGAGGUGACAUAGGGGCGAUGAGAGGUGACAUAGGGGCGAUGAGAGGUGACAUAGGGGUGAUGAGAGGUGACAUAGGGGCGAUGAGAGGUGACAUAGGGGCGAUGAGAGGUGACAUAGGGGCGAUGAGAGGUGACAUAGGGGCGAUGAGAGGUGACAUAGGGGUCGAUGAGAGGUGACAUAGGGGAUGAGAGGUGACAUAGGGGGUGAUGAGAGGUGACAUAGGGGCGAUGAGAGGUGACAUAGGGGAUGAUGAGAGGUGACAUAGG